AACAAACAGCGGAGACGGAGCGGCACGCCGCGCUGGAUCACCACGCACGCAUACACACUCAAGAGCGCGCGCAGUCGUACGCACACACACACACACGCACGCACGGAGCGGCAACAACGUAGAGUCACACACAGACGUUGUUUUUCUGUUAAGUGAGAAAUAAGCGAGUUGCAGCGGCGGGAGAAGAAGUCACCUAUCUGCAGCCGGGAGGCUUUGAGGAAACGACAAAGCGAGUCAUCAUGUGAGAGAACUUAAUGUGGGAAACGGACAAAAGGGCUGGAAUACGAGGAGAAUAGAAAGUAAAAGUGAUGUGUCAGUGUGACCGUAGACGCUACCCGUGGAUAAAUGAUCACUAAUCACCAUCACAAGAUGAAGGACGAGUCUGGCGUGAGCGGAAUGUCCGUGGAUGAGAAGCCUGAAGCCCCCAUGUAUGUGUAUGAGUCGACAGUUCAUUGUACCAAUAUCCUCCUCUGCCUCAACGACCAGCGGAAGCAGGAUAUCCUGUGCGAUGUGACUGUCCUGGUGGAGGGCAAGGAGUUCCGAGGGCACCGGUCCGUGCUGGCCGCCUGCAGCGAGUAUUUCCUCCAGGCGCUGGUGGGCCAGGCGGAGAAUGGCUUGGUCGUUAGCCUCCCGGAAGAGGUCACUGCCAGGGGAUUCGCGCCAUUGUUGCAGUUUGCCUACACUGCUAAGCUGUUACUCAGCAGAGAAAACAUCCAGGAGGUCAUCCGCUGUGCCGAAUUCUUGCGCAUGCACAACCUCGAGGACUCAUGCUUUCGCUUCCUGGAAGCUCAGCUGCGCAGCGAGGAGGAUGGCUUGCUGCUCUGCCACAAGGUGGCGGCAGAGGUGAACAACUCAGAGGAUGAGAGCAUGCAGUCAGAGGCGGAAAGGCCCACUUCCCCGAAGGCGCGACGGCGUGCUGAAGCCCUCACCUCCUUUGGACACCCUGACGAUGAUCGGCUAUCAAUGGCUAUGCCCAGUAACUUCGCAGAUGGCCGGCUGGACUUUGAUCGGCACGGAGCGUCAGACCUGCCGCGAUGCCCCAAGUACAGGAAAUACCAGUGGGCUUGCAACAAGCACAAUAAUGACACCUCCUCACACACCAGUACCUCAGGUUUUCCAAGCACAUUAAAGGAGAGCAGCAUUAGCGGGGCAGUGCCAGGUCAGGGCAGGCUGCCUUUGGCACAGAUCAAAGUUGAACCACAGGCAGAGGAAGAGGCCGUCUCAUUGUGCCUGUCAGGGGACGAGCAGGACGUCAGGGAUAAGGACAGUGUGACAGCCAUGGAGAUGGAUAACCCCAUGUCUGUGGAAAGAACCAAGAGAACCAAGUCCCCUUCUUGCCUCCGAGCCUUCUUCAAGAAAGGGGUGGACCUCCCCAGUCUGCCCAACACAUCACAGCAGCUAUUCGCCAACAGACUUGUCUGCCCCCAGGACAAAGGAAACUCUCAGGGAGAUCAUAAAAAAGACUUCAGGCCUUUCACUGGGGAGCUGGGUCUGUCUGUUACAUCCCCAAAGGACGUGGACGGUUUCCCUGCAGGGUUGUCCCUCAAGUCCGCUUCCUGUGAUGGGGUCUGCAAACAGGAAGUUGAGCUAGAUCGCCGUAGUGUCAUAUUUUCCUCAGGGGCCUGCAACCGUCUGGGAACCCCAGCACAUUCCUACCCUGGUGGGAACUCUUUGGAGAUGGAGCUCUCUGAGCACAUGCCAAAGAGCCUGUGGGCUGGAGCCAGCCAGUCCCUCCCCACCUCCCAGACCUAUUCUCCCAGCACCACCUCCACUGAGCCCCCACUCCUGUGCCGCCCACGACCCAACACCAGCUGCCCAGUGCCAAUCAAAGUGUGCCCGCGCUCGCCGCCUUGUGAGACACGCACCAGGACUUCCAGCUCCUGCUCUUCAUACUCAUAUGCGGAGGACGGCAGCGGAGGAUCUCCCUGCAGCCUGCCCCAGUUUGAGUUCUCCUCCUCUCCAUGCUCCAACGUGGCACGCUGCCUCAAUGUGGACCAGCAGGAGCAAAGUGUGGGCGGGGAUCCCCUUUUUAACCAGGUGCGGCCCAAGAUCAAAUGUGAGCAGUCCUAUGGCACCAACUCCAGCGACGAGUCAGGCUCCUUCUCAGAGGGAGACAGCGAGUCCUGCCAUGUACAGGAGCGAGGGCCAGAGGUGUGUGAGAAGGAGAAGCUGCUGACAGAGAGGAACCAGCUGAAGGCAUGCAUGGGCGAGCUGUGGGAGAACUUCUCCUGCCUGUCCCAGGAGGUGUGCAGGGAUGUCCAGCUGAGCCCCGAGCAGGUCCAGUCUUUACACCACUACUGCCCCGUGCUGCGGCCCGCCAACUCCACUGCCAGCAUCAACUCUGCCCACGAGCCCAAGCCUGCCCCCAGCCCCGCCACCAACACCACCACCACCACCACCAGCAUCGACCUCACCGCCCACUCGGGCUCGGCCACGCCGGAGCCCAGCUUCCACGGGUCGCCCGGGCCCUCAGAGAGCGAGCCCGACUUGGCCAUCAGGAACGGGGCGGACAAAGAUACGGACGGCCGAGACGCCAGCUUGUACACUCAGUCAGGGCUGUCCGCGGAAAAAUUCAACCAGACGGUAACGGUGGAUUUUUGCCAGGAAAUGACUGACAAAUGUACAACUGACGAGCAGCCAAGGAAGGACUGUACUAAGUAGUGGUGGUUUUCUGUGUUGUUGUUUUUGGAUGUUUUUUUUAUUAUUUAAUUUUACUCUUCUGACAAACCCUCUCUCGGGGUUGCUGAGACGGUCAGCCUCUGCCAGUGUUCACUGAAAAACAAGCUUUGUUUGUAUUUAUGUCUUUUUGUGCUGUCUUUCUUUUUUUUUUUUUUUUUUUUUGGAACGGUUGACACUAAAGUUGUCUUAACAGCAGCAAUACUGUUCUCCAGGUAUUCUCCUCUUACCAUGACAGAGUGGGAACUUCUCACCAAACCCUUACAAUGGUGCUAUACCCGCCCCGACAGCAACCUCUACAGUGGAGACUCUGUUCUUCAUGUGUCACACAUCACAACUCAAAGCUGAACCUCAUCGGACCUAAACAGCAGCUCUCUUUGUCUCUCUGUGUACCAACAGUAUCUCUGUUCCUGCCUUUCACAUUUGCUCUUCUCUUUUUUUUCCCACUCUGUCUCUAUCAAUCUUCUCUACCUCUUCCUUUCUCGCUCUUUUUCUCUCUUUCUCUCAGUCUGUGGUUCUUCUCUCGCUAUAUCUCAGUGGCCCUUUUCGUCACGGCAAUUCAAACUCAGGAAAAAGAAAAAAAAAUCCUCUGAAUGUUCAACCUAAUUCAUGGAAAACGAGAAUACAGCUUCUGUACACGAGGAAGUUGCGAUGCAGUUAGACUGUAAAAUGUUCAUAUGCAAAAAUGUCUUCAAAGCGUCUGGCAUUUGUAUUUCUGUACAGGAGAACUUUGUACAGGCUGUAACCGAAAACAUUCCUCCUUUGCCUUCCUCAGCACUGAAUUGAAAGGAAAGAAAAGGUUUUUUUCGCAGGCGGUUAAAUGGCUAUUUUUAUUUCCCACUCAUCAGCAAUACCAUUGUAUUUGGAUGUUGUAACGGUGACUUUCAAGUGCUUGUUUGGCAGAAAUGUACAUAGUAUGGAGCAUGAUGACUGUAACAGUGAUUUUGUACAGGUAGAGGCUUAGAUGUUUCUUUUUUCACCGGGGUUAUAUCAAGCACCUUUUUGCUAAGGGAAAAAUCUUUGCUUUGCUGUUUCCUGUCCUGCCUAAUGAAUGCUCCCCAUCACAGUGGGUGUUCUUAAACUCAGGAAAUCAGCUCGAUAACACAUGUAGACACACACACACACACACACACACACACAGUACAUACAGACACACGUGUCAACACACAUGUCAAAUUUUGAGCCCCAUGCAUGUAUAAAAGUUAGACAUUCGAGUUUUUAACGUGAGGCUCAGGCCAGCUCCUCUCCAACUUUGACUCCUCUUUAAAUGUGAAAAAAAAGAGUUCUGCCUUGUGUUUUUUGGAGGUAAAUCUUAUUUCUUAUCAGUAUUUGAAGAUGCUAUUUGUGUACACUCUCGCUUUGGGUUUCUUCAGUGUUGCCGUUUGAUGUUCGAAGACAGCAGAAAAGCCAACAUCUAAGACAGAUACUUUCAUUUUUUUCAAUUUGAUGCUGAAUAAAACACCUAUUGACAAAAAGAAAAAACUAUUGACUUAAAUCAGGCACUUUGUUCCAGGCCCCAAGCGCUCAGAGCCAUUUAGCACUUCAAUAAGGGUCUUUGUCUUUGUUUCAGAGCCCUUAAAAGUCUCAUUCUGGAGCACUUAAAUUGGCACUUCAAGAGGAAACAUCUUGUUGAUAUGAUCAUAUAAAUAUACAAUUCAAAAAUAUCUCUAUAAAGACGACGUAUCUGAAACAUAAAAAGAAGCUAACGUUUUAGUAAGAGUGUUCACACCUUAUGUAUUUCUUUAGGAAUUGAAUAAGCUAAUUCAGAUUUCAUUUGAUGUGAAAGCAGUGUAUGUGUUGUCCAAAUGAUUGAGUAACAAUCAUAUAAGAUAGUAACACGUUUGCCCUAAUUGUGCAUUUGUUUGAACAUCCUCCUUUGUGAUGUGCAUGCAUGCUGCCUAUAGCUAUAGGCUUAGUUAGUUUGUCUAGCUUCUGUUUGCCUCGUGAGUUCUCUACUGGAGCAGUCUGCUUUUAAAAUGAUAUUUUAAAAAAAAUUUCUAUGUAUAAACAGGCAAGACAAGCUGAAUUAUGUCAGCCCUCACUAGAGGCAGGCUCUCAGUAUGAGCAGGGCUGUACUCUAGCACAGAGGUUGAAUCCAAUUGGAACGUGAAGCUUUGUUCAUUGCUCGAUAAAGCCCCAAUCCCAAAUGGCAGUCCCCGUUAUCUUAAUACAUAGCUGGAGCUAAUGUCGCCUCUAGGCUAGCUGUUGUUCUGCUAGCUUCUAUUUUGGAAAUUAACUACUGCUACAAGCCCCAUCCCUUUUAGUGACAUCAUAUUUUCAAGGUAAUCCAAGCCGUUCUCAUUCCCAGGUCGUGAAAUACCUGUGCUUUGUAAUGGCCUUCAGCAUCUGAUAGCGACACACAGGGCACCCUGUGUCUCUGUGUGACACACAUUGUAACACAUGGUUAAUGUUGUGAGACAUUGCAAUAAGGUUUAGGUAAGAAAACUACUUGGUAUGGUUUAGAAAAAAGAUCUUCCUUUGGGUUAAAAGAAGUAAAUUUGUUGUGUGGAUCAUGCACAGCCUUUGUUAAAAUUACAAAGGGUUCAACUUCUAAUAGAAAGGACUGCGGUAAAUAAAAAUGUACUCAAAAUAUGGACUGUAGACUUAAUAUACUCAUAUAUAGCAGUUGAAAUGGUGGUGCUACUCAGGCUAUAUUCAGACUGCAGGCAAAUCAGAUUUGUUUCUCUAAUCAGAUAUUUAAGACUGUCGGUACUGUUUCUUGCAAGUGAUCAAAUCGGAUUUGCAUGUUUAGACAUCACCAACCUGUCUGCAUUGGUUGCUGUGGUAAUGACAGAGGCGUCAGUGACUGCAUAGCUAUGCUGCUGAUGCCCAAGCCCCCAGGAACAGUGGUGAGCUUUGAAGCCAAUUUGACAUAGUGGCCAAAUCGUGGAUUUACAACUUCCAGGUCUUGUCACAUGAUGUAACUGGGCCCAAAAAGACUUUCCUGUAGACUUAAAAAGUGAAAGAGACGUCUAUAAAUCACGGAUGAUUUUCUUUGAGGUAUAUCGGCUUCUAGUACAAACUCUGAAAUAGCCCUUAUUUAAAUCAUUAUGUUGUAAAAUUCAUUAAUAGCUGAAUCCACAAUUAUCUCCUACUGUCAUUGAUGUGAGCGAGCCUGUGGCCAAGUGAUAGGGAGGCAGGAUAAAAGACAGUGCUAGUGCGCUUGUUUUAUGGGUCCAUGGACGUGGAAAAUCUGACUGGGAUGCAUCUGUAGAAAUCUGAUUGGACUCACAUUUCAGACCACCUCUGUGUGUAGUUUGGAUCCAUUUUGCAAAAACUAACAUGCAUUUCAAGUUGCAUUUUGUCGUCCAGACAUGAUAAAAUCAAUCUGGACACAAUCUGGAUAUGCCAAAAAACUGAUUUGGGUGUGCAGUCUGAAAGAGACCUGAGAUAGCCACCCAACUGGGUAGCCGCAAACAUUUAGUUCCUUCAAAACCUAUUUUUUGCCAAAUAAAUCUGGGAUUUGGGCUUUAAAGUUUGGAUGAAAAUGCUUCAUAGUUCUCCCCCUGACUUUAACUGAUGUAAAUUUUAGAUGUAGUUUAAACUAUGAUCUCUUGUGUGAGACUGAUCCUGUUAUACAGCCAAACAGAGUAAGUGUAUUUUAUGAAACCUGUCUUUAAAUUCUUAAAAAAGACAGGUGCAUAGACCCAUACAUGCACAAACACAUGCACACAAACACAUAUAUUCAUACAAUACACACACAGUACACACAUUGUGGCACAGCCUGAGUGCGGAGCAGUGGUGGUUCUUCAUCGACUGGUGUGGUUUCUCGUGUUUGUUCAGCCCUUUAUCCUAUUUGUGCUCUUUUCAUUCUUUUAUGCAUAUUUAACAGUAUUUUACCCAUGUGGAGAUUCUACCAGGUUCAAGCCAGAAAAACUAAGGUGGAACCAUCUACAUUACAGAAGCUUCAUUUCUGCAAACAUUAUGCAACUCAUUUUCUAUUCAAGUACUUUUUGCUCAAUCUUAAAUUGAAGAAGCCCAGUGUUGCAAUGGGGAGCAUUGACUCUGACUUUGUCUUUCUGUUUGGAGAAAAUGAAUUAGUGAAGUUUGUGUUGUCGCAAAACUAUUGUAACAAAGACCCCUGGGUGUCUCCUCAGAUUUCCUAUUAAUACUACAAUGAUCACAUUAUUGUUUUUUGCAUAGCAGAAGUUCUUUUAUACCUGUUGAAUGUUCAUGAUUCAACUUAACAAAUCCCUAGAUUACCACAGAGCUAAGAUGAAGAGAUGAUACAUAAAACAGAGGCUCCUGAAGUUCUCUCUCCAGUCAGAAAAGCUUUUUGUCUAGACCUCUAAGCUCUUCAAGUCUUGCUGCAUGCUCCGACACUGACUGUUUGGUCAAAGUCCAGUAACAGGCAUCCUCAGCUUCAAUGGUGAGAUGAGUCAAUGUCAGCAUCUGCAACAUGUCCACUGUUGUUUAAGGGGUCACUUAAAAAUAUUGAUAUAAAAUUCUCACAUAUGUCUGUGGCAUCUAGUCAUGCUGAUAGUUUAGGUUUUUAUUGGUUUUGAAGUAUCGAUCCAGGUUUUGGGAUAUCAGUCUAUUGAGAUUUCUGCCUGAUCCAGUGGAGGAAUUUCCUUUGUGGUGCUCACAUCACUGAAACAGUGCAACAUUUCUUUGCAGAAGUAGUGUCCUGUUACUUUGGAUAAUCAUGUUGCUGUGAACAGUAUUUUAUUUCAGACAAUCUCAAAACUUUGGUGAAUAAAACCUAAACUAUGCAUGGCUAGGUACCACCGGAGCUAAGUGAGAAAUUGUUUUGUUUUUGUUUUGUUUUGUUUUUUGUCAUUUGGGUGAAUUGACCCCUUAGUGUCUCAGGGUGCCAAGCAUUUGAACCUGCUCUCUUUAUCACUCUGAAACUGAUUAUUUUUUUACUUGCUUUUUUGAAAAUCAAACAAAAUGUCCCUUAAAAUUUUAUUAUUUAUUUAAAGCCGCAUUAAUUGUUUUAGGCCACUUGGGGGCAGCAGAACAAGCACAAAAUUGACAUAUUGUAAAGUUUGAAUGACUAACAAUAUAGCAAGGAGUUGCCUACUUACACAUCGAGCAGACACAGAGCAACAUUGCCACUCAUUUGUAGUGGUGUUUGUGUCCACCUGAUGAAUGUAAGUCAAAUAUUUACUCUCUUUUAGCUCUGUUUUUGGUUUCCACCAGCUCCUGAGAUUAAAAUCUCUGCCUUUAGCUGCUAAAUGCUCCACCAUCUUCACCAGCUAGUAUAGAAUUUUGUAUCUGUGCCUUUUGGUGCUUGGCAGGUAGGCACAAUGAGAUUUUCAAAACUUUUUGGUGAAAAACAGCCGCCUGCUGCUGCUGGAAACAAGAUUGAUAAGAGCAUUUGCUGGUUGGAAGACCAAGCUAAUGAGCUAAAAGAUGAUAAAAAGAAAAACUCUUAAAAGCAGUGUUGGUGAUAAUUGUUUGCUACCCAGCUGGUACCAGACGUCAAUAUGAUGUCAGAAAAAUGUUGGAACCUUGCGUCAGGUUCGGAUACGAUAUCUUAAACGUCUUCGGACGUUAGAAUUGCAUGUUGUGUGGACGUUAACAUUAUACAACAACAUACCCUAUGACUAAAUGUCAUUAUUCUACUUGAGGAUGAUGUUUGCAUUCAAUGUAUCCUCAUGUAUUUGUCUGGUAUCCUAUGAAAAUCCACACAUAAUGGUUUGUAUAAUAUUUUACAAAUUUACGCCCCAUGAAUGACCUUAUGUACUUAACGUAAAAUUACUUACUUAGCGUAAAGUUGUGGAGGUUAGGUUUAAACAUGUAAAGUUAUGUGGCUAGGUUUAGGAAAAACACAUGAACAAUGCCCGUAUCAUGAGAGGUUAGGAAGACGUUGGAUUUUGGUUACUUAACAGCACAACUUAAAACCAACAAAAUAUCAACAUUAUCUGUCAUCAGUAUUCUACGACAAAUUGAUUUUGGAAUUAGACGUUGUCCUGACAUUGAAUUUUUGUCACCCGACAUCACAACCUAAAUUCAACCAAAUAUUAACAUCUAAGGACAUUGGUGGCCAGCUGGGUAGUUUGUCACUGUGGGCACUUCCUUUCACAUUACACAUAGUCACGUGAUCCAUUGUUCAUUUAAACUUAUUUAUUAAUGCAGCUUUAAAAUAUUUGUAACAGUAAUUAUAAUCAUGAACACCUAAAAUGAAUUGAAGAAUUUGAUACUUAGACACGAGGAGUCCUCCAGGCUACUUUUUUGGUUACGGCCAUUACAGCAGAUUGCUGUUGCUGUAACCGAAUGCUCGUACCCUUUUGCUGUGUAUUUGUCUUGUUUAGUUGAAACAUUUUUUUGUUGCUGCUUCUCUGAAACAAACACUGGCUUUUCAACUCCAAAGGUUGUUCUAUAAAAGAAUAUGAACAAAAACAUGCCUUUCUCAACUUUAUUGGAAAAAAAAAAAUCUGGUUUCCUGGUUGAACGCGCAGGCUGAGAUCAUUGAGUAAAUAUAAAAAUGGAAAAUGUUUACAAAUAGGUGUCAUGUCAUGUUUGAUCAAUUUUUGCUAUGUAAAAAUAGCUUGGUUCAAUUGGACUGGUUCUUGGUGUUGUGUAGAGACAAAGUUUCCUCACCUUGUCUUUAAUCCAACUUUUGGGAUAGGUCAGCAUUACAUGGAUACAAAUGCACCUCCGAUAUUUGCCUUAGAACUUGCAGAGGCCAUAGUUCACAUUCAAGUGAAGUGAGUGUAUGCAGGGGUCUGGGCCCCCAUCCCUGAGUCACCAGUGCGGACUUUCUCACACUUAUCUACCUGUGAAAUCCUUCAUACCUCUCAUAACUGGUCAAUGACUGUAUCAGCAAACUGCAUCAGGUGUUUUUUCUACAUGCUUUUUACACAGAUUAUAUGGAUUAUUGUAUUAGUAGAUUUUGGUGCAUCAUUUUUAAUGUAAUAGCUCUUAAGCUUGUAGUUCAAGUUGUUGUUUUUUUCUUUCAUUUUUCUAGAUGACUGUUUUGUGUUAAUAUUGUCAAUUUGCUGUUAUUUGCUUAUUCUCUACUAAGAGUUCUUACCUUUAUAAUUUUUAAAUGCUACAUGACCCUAAUUAAUUAAAAUGACUUAAUAACCAUUGUAAAUACGGUAUUGUGCAAACCCCAUUUUCAUUCAUUUCAAUUGCUAGUGUUAUAUAAAUGACUCUUUUGUCUAGACACCAUUUCUCUUUAUGAAAUAAAGAAACAUGCAUAUCA